CCUCAAACUCCAAUUAAAGAGUUCAGCCAACAGUAGCAAGCAACGACACGAUUGCAGUUGUACAAUAUACUUUGUUGUUGAACCGAUUGUCACGUCACCCGAACAAUCAUGGCUCUCUUAUCUUACAUGCUGCGAGGCGCACAUCCCUCAACCCCGACUCCAACCCAUAAACACCUUAGGAAACGACUUCGCAAAGCACCACCAAGGGUAACAUCAACCCAUAGCCUUUAUUCCUGCAAAGGAAUUCUCAAUGUUGCCUGGGCUCGAUCUUGUCUGGACUUCUUCAAUCCUGAAGGGUGUUCGUCUGUGGCCAGACGGGAGGACAACGGCAACGAGAAGACGGCCAGCUCCAUGCAUACCGGUUUCCUCCCGGAGAAGCCUCAAGCAGAUUCUUCAGAGGACUCAACCAGCAACUACCCAGUCGAAGAAAUGGACCGCGAACAUCCCAGACGGUUGAGAGCCAAAACACCAGUCUUCGCCGUUGGGCAAUUGGAAAGAAACUCAAUGAUCCGGCCUUUCGACAAAGCGCAAACUCUCGCCGAGCAGUAUCAAGCUUUACUUCCACCGAGAGCGUUCACGCCAUCCCUGCUCAACCACCCACAACUCACACCAAAGAAUCUCCACAGACUUCGGAAAACCAAAUGCCAGCUAAGCCUCCGGGAUCUCGUCAAAGAGCAAGAGCUUUCGAACAGGGCCCACUCGGUAGCCUACUCGGAUGCGGAGACUCUUGUCGGAUCCGAAUCACCCACCUCACAGCAUUCACCAACAGAUGGAGAGUUUGAGAAAGUCAAGCUUCCAAUAAUCAAUCCUCACGACCAAACUUUAUCGGACCCGUUGGCAGCAUUUGACGACGAUAUUGGACUCAAGAUUUGCGUGGAUCUCCUAACAAACGAGCUUGCAACGGCGCUUUUUCGACAGCACCCGGCAGAACGUCAAGACAGAGCAUCUGGACUUCAGAUCCUGCUCAUGAUUGAAGCAUACGAGGCAAUUCAGAAGAACGUGCGGCAGCAACUUUGCGAUCUUCACGUGACACGGGAGAUGAAAGAUCACGUGAACUCCGUCGACAAGAUCUUGAGGUACUGGCUCAAGGUGCUCUAUUCGGUCUACGAUCAUGCUCAAGAGAAGAAGCUUCAGCAACAGGUUGACGGGGAUCAAUGGUAACUCUGUACUUCACCUGAAGAGGGUCACGAGACAAUGCCGGCGCCGAAGUCGGGAGUUCCAGUCCAAAUUCUAACAAACCAUGGCACCCAAACCAGCUCUCAAGCCAUUCACUGUCGACACCGUCUCUCUUUACGCCCGCCACCACCUCAAGUUAAUCUGCCCUGACCUCUUCCAAGAUGACUUCUCAUCAGACAUUUCCAUCCCAAAGACCAAGACGAACAUCGAACAUCUGACCGAGUUCAC